ACUACAGAGUAACAACUUUGUCUUUUUCAGGCGUUUGAACGUUUUUAAUUCAACCAAAAUGAGGGAAAUCGUGCACCUACAGGCAGGCCAGUGUGGAAACCAAAUUGGAGCUAAAUUUUGGGAAGUGAUUAGCGAUGAACAUGGCAUCGACCCGUCCGGGACAUACCAUGGGGACAGCGACCUGCAGUUGGAGCGAAUUAACGUGUAUUUCAACGAGGCUUCAGGUGGAAAGUAUGUCCCCCGGGCAGUGCUGGUGGACUUGGAGCCCGGCACCAUGGACUCAGUGAGGUCCGGUCCCUUUGGCCAGAUCUUUAGACCAGACAACUUUGUCUUUGGCCAGAGCGGAGCUGGUAAUAACUGGGCUAAAGGUCACUACACUGAGGGAGCCGAGCUGGUGGACUCGGUCCUGGAUGUGGUGAGGAAGGAGGCGGAGAGCUGCGACUGCCUGCAGGGCUUCCAGCUCACACACUCCCUGGGUGGAGGAACCGGCUCAGGCAUGGGCACGCUGCUCAUCAGCAAAAUCCGAGAGGAGUAUCCAGACCGCAUCAUGACCACUUUCAGCGUGGUGCCUUCCCCCAAGGUUUCAGACACAGUUGUGGAGCCGUACAACGCCACCCUCUCCGUCCACCAGCUGGUGGAGAACACAGAUGAGACCUUCUGCAUUGAUAAUGAGGCGCUGUAUGACAUCUGCUUCCGCACACUGAAGCUCACCACGCCAACCUACGGAGACCUCAACCACCUCGUCUCAGCCACCAUGAGCGGGGUGACCACCUGUCUGCGCUUCCCCGGCCAGCUCAAUGCUGAUCUGAGGAAACUGGCCGUCAACAUGGUGCCCUUCCCCAGGCUGCACUUCUUCAUGCCCGGCUUCGCCCCCCUGACCAGCCGAGGCAGCCAGCAGUACAGGGCGUUGACGGUUCCUGAGCUCACCCAGCAGAUGUUUGACUCCAAGAACAUGAUGGCAGCGUGCGACCCGCGCCACGGCCGCUACCUCACGGUAGCCGCUAUCUUCAGAGGCCGCAUGUCCAUGAAGGAAGUGGACGAGCAGAUGUUGAAUGUGCAGAACAAGAACAGCAGCUAUUUUGUUGAGUGGAUCCCAAACAACGUGAAGACUGCCGUCUGCGACAUUCCUCCCCGUGGCCUCAAGAUGGCCGCCACCUUCAUCGGCAACAGCACGGCCAUCCAGGAGCUGUUCAAGCGAAUCUCAGAGCAGUUCACAGCCAUGUUCCGCCGCAAGGCCUUCCUCCACUGGUACACUGGCGAGGGCAUGGAUGAGAUGGAGUUCACAGAGGCUGAGAGCAACAUGAACGACCUGGUGUCUGAGUACCAGCAGUACCAGGACGCCACUGCUGAGGAGGAGGGCGAGUUUGAAGAUGAAGGCGAAGAGGAGCUGGCCUAGAAGCCAAGCCCAAACGCAUCAUUGUAGAAUUAUUGACAAUUGGCCUUUCAUCAGUAAAACUACAGUUUCAAAGAAUCGCACAGUAGUUCCUCUGAAUGUCGCACAAUGAUAACAGUUCUUGUCCAGCCUUGUUUUUUAAAUGUCUUUGUUUUUUUUAAGGGGAUAUUUUCUAAUAUAUUCGAAUCAACUAGCCAGGACAUACACUUGAAUGGCUUUUAUUUAAAUACUUAGGGCCUACGGUUGUUAAAUGUGAAGCUGAAACCAGGCGUGACCUAAAGAGAAUACUUUAUUAUCUCUCUCCCCCCCCUCCCCUCUGGUCGCUACAAUGAGGAAAUGAAAUUACGGGCCAAAAGUUUUAUUUACAAUUAUUAAAA